AUGGCUGACGAUGCUGCUCGCCGCCAUUGGCACGGAAACUCCGGUGAUCGCCAUGAACAUCUCAAUGUUUGGACGCAGGGUGGUGCAAAGGGUCCUACGCCCCGUGCUCCAUGGGCACUGACCCCGGAGAUGAUUGCCUACGAUACUGCUCGUCGGGCAUCGGCCGCUUCAAACUCCUCUGUCAAGAGCGAUGGAGCCGCUGACUCCCCCACAACUCCGUCCGUUAGUGAACGCCGCCGUUCCAGCGUUUCCGGUGGAUCAGCUCUCUUCACAAACCUCCACACCCAGAAGCGGGAGUCUACUGAUCCGGAAUUUUCUGUUCGUCGUGCCAGCUGGAAUGAGCAGCGUGGUCAGAGUGAUUCGUUUUUGGGUAAGUUGUGGGAUAAUUAUACUCGGGGAAGUCCUCGAAAUUAA